GAGAGAGAGAGAGUCUCUGCUGUGGUGGUGUUGGAAAUCGGACGACAUGAGCUCUACAUGAACCGUGUAAAAUGCUUUAAGACGCUUUCGGCGUUUGUCUCUCAUCCGUCUGAACCGAGGACGAGCCUGAAGCGGAGCCGCACUUCACGACCAGGUGUAACACUGUCUUAAGCCUGACGGGGGCAGAAUGCCGGAGCAGAGCAACGACUAUCGUGUGGUGGUGUUCGGGGCGGGGGGAGUGGGGAAGAGCUCCCUGGUCCUGCGCUUCGUCAAGGGCACCUUCAGGGACACCUACAUCCCCACGGUGGAGGACACCUACCGCCAGGUGAUCAGCUGCGACAAGAGCGUGUGCACCCUCCAGAUCACCGACACCACGGGGAGCCACCAGUUCCCGGCCAUGCAGCGCCUGUCCAUCUCUAAAGGCCACGCCUUCAUCCUGGUCUACUCCAUCACGAGCAAACAGUCCCUGGAGGAGCUGAAACCCAUUUAUCAACAGGUCUUGGCCAUAAAGGGCAACGUUGAGGCCAUCCCCAUCAUGCUUGUAGGCAACAAGAGCGAUGAGACCCAGCGGGAGGUGGAGACCAAGGACGGGGAAGCCCAGGCCAACCAGUGGAAGUGCGCCUUCAUGGAGACGUCGGCCAAGACCAACCACAACGUCACCGAGCUCUUCCAGGAGCUCCUCAACCUGGACAAGAAGAGGAACAUGAGCCUCAACAUCGAUGGCAAGCGCUCGGGGAAGCAGUCCCGCGCCGAGAGACUGAAGGGCAAAUGCAGUGUGAUGUAAACCCCAGGAGAGGAGGAGGAGGAGGAGGAGGAGGAGGAGGAGGAGGAGGAGGAGGCGGAGGCGAGAGAGAGGGUGGGAAAAACAGAGGAAAGGAGGAACCGAAGGAUGACGAGAGCGAGAGAGAGAGGGGGAGAGAGAGAGAGAGAGAGAGAACGAGGAGAGACUCACUAAACUUAUCACUCAGAGCAAAAUGUCUGGAUGGCAACAGGAAUCUCAUCAUCCACAUCCUCCUCCGUUUGACUGGUGUGUUAACACACACCACUCAGCAAGUUAUUUUGACAGCAUCCAGGAUUUCAGUUUGGAGCUUUACAUCCAUGUGCAUUCUGCUUCAAGGGGAGAUUAGAGGGGACUGACGCAGAUUAUCAAGAAGCAAAUUUUAAAAAAAAGAAAAAAAACAAGAAGUGUGCGUCACAGUUUCCAUAGUCAGAAACAGCAUGUGUGCAAGUGUAUAUGUGUGUGUUUGUGUGUCUGUGUGUGCGCGUGUGUGUGUGGAUUUUUUUGCAUCAUCCAAGUGCCACAAAACCUGGCUGAGGAGCUCAUCAAGACCUCGGACUGCAAUAAAGACCGCAGACUGCCGCACGCCGUGGGAAAAACCAGAAGGUUUCCGAUCUACAAUCUACACAAACCAUUUCGUGUCCUCUCUCACUUCCAAACCCUCCCUCCCUGCUCAGCUUCGCUCCCCAUCAUCAUCCCAGCACCCCUCACCCCCCUUACUGUAACAAAAAAUAUAGAGAAAAGUAUAUGUAACAGAGUCGACACUGUUAGCUAAGCUCACUCAUCUGGUUUAAAAAAACACUAGGAAGACGCGAGGAAGCACAGGGCCCCCGAAGGUUUGAGACUGCAGGCAUGAAUGACGCAGCCAAACGUUGCCGCUCCUGAGGACUCCUGAUGUAUAUAAACAUGGGAUAUUAGAACAUAUUCCAUCUAGUCUACACAUACCCUGACCAAGAAGCAUCUUCUCAUCCGAACCCUACUUUACCUUUAUCUUAACGCAUCUGCGAACUUUCUGGAAAUGUCUGGAGUGGCGGGUGUUCACACACGCUGCAGAUACAACGCAACAAUCCUUUUAAGACUCUCUUCUAGUGUAGAUUAACUCUGGAUGAAAAGAAAGCUGGACUCUCAUCAUCAACACACAAAACAAAAACAAUACAAGUCUGCCUUGAGGAUGAUAACUCUUGGAUAAUCAUUGCCAAGCCGGUAAGACAAAAGUGAACGCGAAGGUUCGAGAAUGUCAGUUUGCUUUGGCACUUUUCACUUGAAGGUUUCUCUUCUUUUGCCUUUCUUUUUUUCUCUUGUUGGUUUGCUUUACGAUGCUCUUUUAAAUUCAUGUAUAAGUAAAGGAAAAAAAAAGUCCCUUCUUAAACAAAAAGCACACCCAGGAAAAAUUAUUCAAACAAAACAAGGGAUGGAUAUAAAAUAUUUCCAUUCACUGCGACCCGGAGAACCGGUGAUUCUGUUUCCUCCUCGGGUUCUUCGGUAGCUCUGGUACGCUCGCGCAUGCAGCCAAGAGAAUGACCCACACAUCACAUACGUAAACACACACACACACACUGCAUGCGUACAAAUGCAAAACAAAAAAUGAAAGUUAAUCUGAGUAACACAUGAUGACGAACAGGGCUCACUCAGCCUAAAUGCCCUCACGUUGCACUUUAGAUCAUAAACACACACCCACACACACACACACACACACACAGACGAACGCAAACACAAUUUGUCAUGUUUUCGCCUCAUUAUGUAAUAAUGUAAACAUCCUCCUGGAGCCAUUAAAUAGCUCCACUGUACGUCCCAAAGUGCAUGAUUUUUUUUUGUUGUUUUUUUCACGCAGAAGCUCUGAAUAUUGUACACAGUGUACACAGGACAGCCAAAAGCACAAUACUUUUUUACCAACAUAUCUAUUUGUACAUUUUCUUGUGUUUCUUUCUCUUUUUUUUGUAUUUUGUUCUCUUUUCAGUGUGAUUUUCAUCUUCAUUCAUCCACCAGUCCUAAACAUGGAGGAACAAUCAUAAACUAUAGGUGUAGCUCUCCGUCUAAAGUGUUUUCCUUGUCCGGUACAUGGCACAAUGAGGUUGUGGUUCCGCUGAACAACAGGGUAUCGUGAUGUGACCGGGUUAGCUGUGGUCGUGAAGUAGAAAAUGUGACGUCAACCCCCCCACCUUUCCCCGGCCGAGGGAUCGUAGAGCUGGUAGGACGCGGAAGAGGAGGAGGGUUCAGAUUAUUUGUCGGCUUUUUUCCUCCAUCUCUCAGGCGGUUUUAACAACAAUUUGGAUGGAGGAUAAUCUGCUCCUGUACUGUUAAACCCAAAGAUGCGGACGGUGCCCCCUUUUAACUGUGUGUUCAUUUCUCUGGAAACAUAUAUUAAACAAAAAAAAAAAAGGAAAAGCACAGCAACUGUUUUCAUCUGUCUCCUUCUCUGUGUUUAUGUGUGCAGCAGAAUCAACAACUGGGCACUUUAGGGUGACAUUUUACUUGAAGACUUCGCUUAUGAAUUUAUAAGCACCAUGUAAAAUGUCCCUCACACACAGACCCACAUCAGAAAAACUAUUUCAAAUGUGUAGUUAUUGUAAAUAAGCAUAUGGUAUAGUUGAAUGAAAUGUUUAUAUAAAAAAAAAAGCUUCAAGUAAGAUGUUACCCAUGUAAAGAAAAAAAUGGGAGUCAGUCCUUUGUAACCAGGAAAUGUUGUUACAGUAGGAGGUUCGAUGUUGCUAUGUACUGUAAUAUACAGCUUAAUAAUGAUGCUCAUGAUAUAUUGUAUUUGACACAUCCACUCUUCAGAUCUAUCAAUCAGAUAAUACUAGCAAAAUGUGAAUAUGUAACUAAAGGUUCCACUCCAUGGCUGUUACUUACUUUUUGACCUUUAUUUUGAGAGCUGAAUGAAGCCGUUGUUAUCGAUGUGUUGUACUUUGCACUAACGUGAGGUCCUGUUAAACUCAAAAACUUGCAUUGUAAACGUACCCUUUACCUGUUAGAUGCCAGGGAUGCUCACUUGUACUCUAUUUUAUUUGAAUUUUCCUUUCCAUCGGUUCGUAUCUUUUAAAAAACAAGUCGUAUUGGUUUGUUUUCUGUCUAUUAAAGGAUAAGUCCGCCACCAAAACAAAAAAGUGUAUGGAGCUUCACAGCAAAACAGUGUUCCUCCUAAACAGCUGAAGUAGUUUCUUUUAUUGGUUGUUAUUUACAUUUUAAAACAAGCCACUAUCUGCUCCAGUUGUUCACCUGCAGGCUCUUUUUUGCUGUGAAGCUCCAAUUAUGUUUUGCGAACUACAAAACUUCACUUUUCUUUCCACCGACAUGAGCGGAGUGGAUAAUGACAGAACUGAAUCAUUUGGGGGUGAACUUAUCCUUUUAAGAUACCAGAAGGAUUGAGUGAUCUCUGUCAUGAUUUAUCUAUUGUGUCCAUCUAAAGGUUAAAAAGCUUAAAAAAACAACAACAACAAAACAAGCUGGAACAUCUAUCAGGCAGUCCUGGUCUGAUGUGAUGUGUAGCUACCGGUACACCCACUUGCAUAAAUAUCAGCUUGACACCUCUGGUCGCUUCACGCAAACGCCAGAUUGCGAGCGCGUGUUUGUGCAAUCUGCCGUUCCGCUGACGUCUACAGCAGACUGUCGUUGCUCAUGUUCCCGUGUGGAAUAUGAUACAGCAGGGAAGGGGGGAGAAAAAAAAAAAAAAACAAUGAGACAGCGUGGCGAUAGCAGUAUGGACAAAACAAGCCGGAGCGAGAAAGGAGGGAGAGGGGGAGCUAUUAAUGGAGACAGUGUGAAAAUAUGGGCCGUGGCCUGUAUAAGAUUUACAUGUGCUUGCAUGCGGGGAGGUGUGCAUGGGAUGUGUGUGAGCGUCCGUUGAGUUUCUGGGCUGGCAUGAAUCAGGACAGACACCUCUGCCCCCCCCCCCCAACCCCGUCCUCCCAUGGCUUGUCUCAUCUCAUUUGUCGAUGAGGCAUAUUCACUGCUGCUGCUGCUGUGUGUGUGUGUGUGUGUGUGUGUGUGCGUGCGUGACCAAGAGCGCAUCCAUGUAUGUGCGCAAUCAGCCAGCCACCUUUUUGCAUCCCUUCAAUCUGGCACUGCAUGAGUGUGUGUGUGUGUGUGCUGUUGUUGUGCCAUCAUCAUCUGUCAGAUAUUUGAAGCUUUUUUUUCCAGAGGAGGAUGCCUACACAUUUCUGCAUGAGUCAUCCAGUGCUGCUCAGACACACCCCUAUACAUACACACACACACUCUCACACACACACACACAUACACACACACACAUAGAAAGCAGGCAAAAUAGACUGACUGCAUGCCCUAAACAGCACCACAUACACACAUACACACCGGCCUCAUUCACGCACUGGCUGUUUUGUUUUUUGUUUUUUUUUUCUGCUCAGCACUACUUCUCCAUCAAUCAGCCGUCCACCCCUCUGUAAUCACGAGUUUCUCUCACAUUCAUCCCCUCCAAAUUUCUGUUUCUUUUCUGUUUGUGUGUUUUUUUGUGAUUCGGUCGCACCUGGACGGACCAUAAAAAGGCCGACCCCUGCUCACAUCUGAUUGUAGAUAGCUGUAAAUAGUGUUCAAAGGACUUCAUAUUUCAGAGAUGAGAGAGUGCUGAGGAGAGAAUGCUGUGGUGGGAAGGUGCAGUCUCCUUCUAAAGAGGUCAAAGCGUCCGAUUCAGUGUAACACAGGAAGCGUAGGAGGCUUCAUGUCAACAAUCGGCUGUCAUGAAGUCGUUACAACUUUGGGCUUUUUUUUUUCCAAAGUGUGCUGUAAUUUUCUCUGCAAGGAAAAACGGCAAAUUGACUUUAAUAGAGGAAAUCUGUGGAGGCUCAAAGCAUUUGAUGUUGUAUUAAUGAAAUAAGAACUGUGAUAAUAAUAUCACUAAAUCUGAAAUAAUCCAACAAAUGUUUUAGAAUUCACUGUUAAUUCUGGAUCAUCAUCCUGGGAGCCAACAGUGACUUCACUGCAGGUCAUUUUAAUUUAAUUCAGAGCUCAUAUGUUUUAUUUUCAUAUUCCAAAUUCUGUUUUUAUCUCACAGUCCCAAUGUACAUUUAUUUCAUAGCUCCACAUUUUAUCACAGUCAUUGUCCCGUGAUAGGCUGUCUGCUCAAUUAGAUAAAAGCAGCAGCCAAUCGGAGCUGCCCUUGUUUACUGUGAAAUUGUGACUAUAAAAUAAACAGUAUCACUUUAUAAUAACCAUCCUUAAUAAAUUGUACAUUUAUUGUUAAUUAAAAUUUAGUUAAUAGUUUUCUUUCACUGUUAAUUGUGAAGUUCCAACUAGUGUUUCUUAUACUCUGUAAAUGAUUAAUAGAUACUGUGUAGUUUCUCUAUCAUUAUAAUUUAGAAUCUAUAUAUGUCUAUAUAAUCUAUAUAAUUAAUCUAUAAAAUAAAAUAUCAUUGAUGAUGGUUAAUUUAAACUUGGAUUAUUUCACUAGUUAUAUAUUUUGUUUGUAUGAAAUUUGUGUGAUCAUUUAUUUCAUAAUGUCUUUUUUAAUUCAUUUCAAUAUCGACAACUUUGAGCCUCCAUAGAAAAAUCUCUUUGGAUGGGGGUCCAGGCGGAGUUUACCUCACCUCGUUUGCCAUCAGGGAGACACUCGCUGGUCGUGUCGCUGCAGAGUCUUGUACAGAAGAGGUUCACAUGUGUUCUUCCAUAGCAGGAUGGGAAACGUGACCCCUUUGACGCUGAAACAAAGGGCAGUCGGUUAAAAAUCUCACUACAGGUGAAAGGUUGAGGUUUUCCCGGUCUAAUUAAGAUGUGUUCCAUUACAACGAGGUUAAAAGGCUUCAGUCCUAAUUAGGCAGAGAAUCUGAGGAGAAUCACUGUUGGAGGAUGAAUGGAAAACUGACCCCCGUCAACCUCUCCGGCUCACCCCUUUACAUCUCGUCUGAUCGACCUCAGAUCCUCACAAGCUGUUUACCGAGGGCGGGCCGUACAAAGUGGGGCAAACAGACUUUGUGGGUGAUGUAGUUUGGUACUAUCCUGUCGCUCUGGCCCUUCAUUCCUGCAUGGUCCCUAUUGGUGUUCCAGCCAGCAUGAGAACAAGGACACAAACUGUGAAUCAUCUUUGUAUUUUUUAAAUAAAUUCCUCAGCAGCAUUUACAGCUUCGGUUUUGCAAAAUGGUUCUUAUUUCUUUGAAGCACUACUUGGUUUUUUUGUAAAUGAUUCGAUUGUUUUUCUUUACGUUGGAACUUUUUUUUUUUAUUUGACUAAUUAUGAUGUAUAGAUAUUUAUUCUAGCAAUAGUCUUCCUAUUAAGAUAUACUGUGCUGAUGCAUCCUCUGAAUAACUGAACAUAACAUAUAUAUAUAUAUAGAUGAUAAUAAUAAUCAAAUCUGCAAAAUGAUUUUCCUAAUAAAAAUGUGAACU